AUGGCAACUGUUGGUUCCGAUAUAAAAGUCUUGACUCAAGACUGGGUCCAGAAAUUUCAUUUUGAAAAUAAAGUAGACUUAAACCUACAAAACCCUGUGCAAGAUGAAUCGAUCAAAAUUGAAAUAGACGCCAUCCCACAUGAACUUUUGCCCAAGCUCGAUACAAGGCAAUGCGACAAACACAACCUGCCUCAAGUAAAACAUGUACCAACAAUGCAUCCUGUGCAUGUUACAAGUGCCAACGACAAAGAAGAAGAGCAGAACAUAAAAGAGGCAGAACAGAUAGACAAGAAAUCAUAUAUUGCUUCUCAAGACACUAUAAAACAGACCCAUCCUGUUUCUCAAAACACACCUACUCAAAAUUCAUCACCUGCUAUGGACAACGCAAAACCACAAACGAUCCCUAACGAACAGAACAAACCCAAAAGAUCAAGUACAGUUCGAAAGACACCUACUUUAAAAUCCUACGAGAAGCAUAUGCCCAAUCCAGUCUAUUCAGCUCAAGACAGUAUCUAUCGUCUUGAUGAACACAAGACAAACACAAACGGCAAUCAGCCUAAACGAUCCUCGACCACACCACAACAAGAUAAUUACCAAAUCUCAUGGAAAGAAGAAGGCACAGGCGAUGACUUGUUGACUUCUCUUGUUACUUUUCAAACUAUUUUUGAAGAAAAAGGCAAUGAUACUGAGGGUCUCUCGGAUUUAUUGGAACAGAAAGCAAAAGAACUCAAGAUCCAGAAACUAAGAGAACAACAAGAAGCCCUUAAGCCGAAAACAAUAGAGGAAUUACCUACUCGCCUAGCCGAAUGCUUGACUAUUAGUUAUCGUCAUGGGCCUCCCCAUCAUCCUUUGACUCUCUACCAUACCAUGAAAAUGCCAGUGUCUAAGGAUCGCUUAAAAGCCUAUCAACUUGCUUUCCAACACUGUAUCAAUGCGGACAGUGGUAUGAAGAAAUGGAUCAAACGACAGAGAACAGAGCCCGCAAAAGAAAACUCAAGACUUGUUCAGCCGAUCCGAAGACCCACUAUUAAACGAUCACUUCUCCAUCCACUUUCAUCUAGAAAACAUAAAGGAGCCAGUGAAGACUUUAUGAUCUGGACCACAGCUUCCACAGAUCAACUUGGAUUUACUGUACCUACUAACACAUCCAUUCUUAGUUUAUCAAGCAAAAAAUCGGCUGAUUUUGUGAGCUCACCUACGUCUAUUCAAGAAGAACAAUUGACAGAUGUUAUUUCAGCAGCACAUGCUCUAUUACCGAAUCAGCAAUUCUCAGCAAACACAACCACCACCAGUACAACACAGAAACAAAUACCUUAUGAACAUAUUGAUACACCUAGCCGUCCACGUCAACCCUCUGGUUCUACGGAAUUUAAAGAUUCAAGCAGCGUUUCAUCUUCAGAAUCUGCCAAUGGUGGCAGUAUAACAGCAAGCAAAUUAAAAAAGAGUGCUCCUGGUCGAUUAUUAUCUACCUUGGGUAGAAAGACAUCACUAAGAUCAUAUAGUAGAUCCAAGUCAAUAGAAAAGACUGAUCAAAACGAAACCUUUGAAAAGGUAUUGACAGAACUACAUCACAUUUUACCUCAUCUAGACCGAGCACAAUUAGUGCCUUAUGUCGAAGAAGCCAACUAUGAUUAUUUGACAGCACUUCAGCUCUGUAAAGCAGCUGUACUUUCCGGCAAACUUUCUUAG